AUGCCUAUUCCUCCCCCUCCUCCUCCUCCACCUGGACCCCCACCUCCACCAACCUUCAAUGAGGUCAGUGAGUGUGUGACUGAGAGUGUCGCAGAAAUGAAGAGUCAUUUUAAUUCACAAAGUUUGAUUUUCAUCAAAGUUUAGAGACAUUCAGAAACUCUAUCAUAAUACAUGAAGGGAUCAAAUGUAAGUGAAAACCUUAACUGUGUAAUAAUCCAUGAGCUGUUAUCACAACUAGAGAUGGUGAUCGUUAAUUUUCAUCCACAUUGAUUCUAUUCAUUCUCAGUGGUCUUUAAACUGUGAUUAUGAAGUUUUUAGCCCAAAUCAUGUUACCUGUGUCGUUUUCAAGGGCUUUUCUUCUGCAGAGCUCCAGUUGUUCAUUAGCAAUUCGCCUCUGAGUCGUGGGCGGAGACAACGCUGCUCUGCACACUUCUCCUCGAGUUAGCUUGCAGCCCAACCGGUGUAGUAGAAGUAACAGGUAACAUAGAAGCUAUUCAGCUCUUGGACACUAUUAGGGUGAUUAAAGCUAAUGUCAUAAUUAGCUUUCUUACGAGCAUUUGAAUCCACUAACGCAGACGCUUGUUCCGUGAUCAUCCUCUCUAUUUCUCAGAGUCUGGCCUGCAUAGCCGGGUGGAGCUUGGAUUGGUUAUGUAGGAAAUCUCAGUGUUUCUGAUCCUGCCGUUUGGGUCUGCCAGAUAUUCACAGCGAUUUGAAUGCAGAAAUACUCAGAAAUGCAAUUUCGCACUUCUUUUUCUCAUGAUGUGUCCUCAAGUAUGAGAAAAAUGCCAUAUGAACAUGUAGACAACAUGAAAAACAUGAUUUUUAUCGGAGUGAGUCUUUAAGAUCCGAGUCCUUAUCAAUACCGCUGUUGAAUUUCCCUUUGGGGAUUAAUAAAGUUCUUCUUAUCUUACCAAGUCCAUUCUAUUACUGUUCUUCUUCAAACUGUUCAAUUUGUGCAGAUUUUUCUCCAAAAAACAAAAUUUUCUCUUCCUAGAUGUGACAUUUGAGCACAUCAUGAGACGGCAUAAUCUAUUUUAGCCUAAUUCUCGCUUUACUGAUCCGAUCUUGAACACUUCACAAUGUCAUUGUGUAUCUCCUCGGUCAGUUAGCUAAAAAGCUUUUCUGCUGCUGAUGUUAAUUUCAACUUCUGAUUCAACGCUGGAUCGUGAUUUGUAACUAACAGGACUUGCUCUAAAGUCUGGUUGUGCUAACCUCGGCUUCUUCGCGUGAAGAGGAGGGUGGCGAGCAGCCCUGCAGCAGCAGCCUGAGUUGCCCUUAACUGUGGUAAAAUGUAGCCACACUUGAGACCUUACUGCACCUGUGUACUUAUAGACCUGUUCACUGAUCAGAAAUGUUAUUAGACAGUCUAUUAAUGGGCUACACCACUGAUUUGAUGAACAUGGCGUGAAUUAGCAUGAAGUAUAACAUGACUUUACAAGAGCCUUGAGACUCGAUAACCUCAAAGGUUACUGGUCUCCAGGUGUUGGGAAAAACCUGAAGCGGGUAUUUCAUGGACCUGGUUGUCGAUCCUCAUCCUGAAUCACAAGAGGUGGAACAUCUUUGUCUAUCUGAGGAAUAAAUCAAAGUGAGCUUAGGCUUUAAAUUUGGCUGUAGCCUCCUCUGUGAUUCUGUAUUCGACAUAAUAUCUUUACAUUUAUGUGACACACAAACACAAUUUGUUAUUUCAGUUGGAAAAUUUAUGAUCAAUGGUUUUUUUUUUUUUUAAAUUUAUUUACUGGCAUGAACAUCAGAGGUGUUGAUAUCUGCAAGGACUGAAGAUCAAAUAUCCUCACCAAAAGCUUUCCAGUGAACUCUUCAGACGGCCAUGUGACUUGUUUAUGAGAUGUGGUUGUCCUUUAGGUGGGCUCGAGUUUUCAGAUCAUAUUAGCAGAGCUGGAGGUGUGAUUGUCUUUGUUACCUUCCUCUACAGGCGAACACAACUCCUCCCAAACUGAGCUCCUCUGAGACUAAAGGCAGAGGAGCGCUGCUGUCCGACAUCUGCAAGGGCGCCAGACUAAAGAAGGUCGGCGUGGUCAAUGACCGGAGCGCCCCCGUAAUAGAGAGUGAGUGACACACAUACAAACGUUCAUUUUACUCUCAAACAUCAGAACGUAUCUGUAACUGAGCGUUUUUACAAGACACGGGAUAGACGCACCAUGUUUUUAUAAUGAAGGAGCGUGUAAAAAGUAGAGUCUCCACACAUCCUGGGAAACCUGGAAAUGGUUGAAAACAUUUUCAGUCAUGGAAAACACAUGGAAAGAAAGGGGGGAAAAACAUCAGAUUUCCUCUUUGUCAUCUAAAAGGGGUUUAAAUGGUUUUUAGGAUCAGACCAAAUAGUGAGGACAGUUAUUUCUUCAUCAUUUCCAAGCAGAAAGAAAUACAGAAUCAUUUCUUUUAUACUUUUGUACGCAUCAUGUACUAGUAUUAUUGAGCUGAUGUUUUAUUACUCAAAAUGUUAUGAGUUAUUUUACAAUUUACAAGAGGAAAGAAACACAUAAUUUAAAUGAACAUGCACUGUAGUUCAGUGUUAAAGCAGUGUCUUGACUGUUCAUAAGGUAUGAAACUAAAUAAAUAGUUAUUUAAAAGAAUUAUCGGGUACUCUUACUUGUGUAUUUCUACUUGAUACUGAAUCGAUAUCAAAGCAUUUCAAUCAGAAUCGGAUUGAAUUGAAUUGAACUGUGACCUAAUGAAUCGAAAUCGAAUCGGAUGGUGAGAUUCUUAACAAUACCCAGCCCUAGUUUAUGAACAGAAUAGUCGAGAACAGGCUGCACGCUGGAAACAUCCUGAAGUCACAUCUGAAGUCACAUCUGAAGUCACAUCUGAAGUCACAUCUGAAGGCAGCACCUGCAGGCUGGAUGUCAUUAAGGUUAUGUUACAACCGAAGGGGCAAAACUUUAAAUAUGCAAAUGGUGUUUCAAAUGCAGAUUAGCAUUUCCCUGACUUUUGGGUGGACAGUAUCGAAGUCUGAUGCCAUCAAGUUGAGAGUCACAAGUUCAGUCCCAGUGCAAAGCAAAGUAUGGAGGGUGGGAGUGGCUGCUGGAGAGGCGUCACCUUACUGGGGCAACCAUGGUUUGGUGGUGGAGUGGGUCGCUUCCCAGUCAGAGGUUUAGGGCUUUGAUUCCAGCCCCCUCUUUUAGGUUGGUUUACCUCCUGUUGAUGCGCCCUUCAGAGAGACACCAUAUAACCACUUGCUUGUAGUGUGUAGCAUGUUCAGCUAAACAGCCAAGACUACCAAAAUGUUGUCAUGUAUGUCUCAUCCUUGAUACAAAUCGAACGCGGAUGUUCGCUGCCUGGCGCUCUUUGGUUUGACUUUACUUGUGCACUGGUACAUCUGCCUCAAUGUUAGAUAUCUCUUUAUCUCCUAGAUAUUUGAAUGCAGUUCCACUUCUGCUUUUAAAUGUAUCUUUGCUGACAUUUGUCUCAUUUUUCCACCAGAGUCAGGAGGAGGAGGCGGCGGCGGCGGAGGAGGAGGAGGAGGUGGAGGUUUUGGAGGGGGGGCACCCAUGGGGAUGGGAGGUCUUUUCCAAGGAGGUGUGCCAAAACUACGACCCAUAGGAGGUAAAUGUCAUUUAUCAUAUUCCUGCAGCGUAUUUCAGAAGUUCUUACAGGGAAAAGAAAAUAGUGAAGAAGUUUUGUAUUUGAAAUGUAAAAAAAAUAUCUGAAGCAACAUUUUUCAACGAAUGAGGUUAAUUUCCAACAGGUUAGUAACAUAACUGAGUAUAAAAAGGACAUUCAGAGAGGCUGAGUCUCUCAGAUGGAAAGAUAGGAAUGAUACUCUGAUGAUGGAAAGAUACUCUGUGAGAGACUACGUGAGCUGAUGGUUCAACAGUUUGAGUUUGAAAUGUGAAAGAAUGAGUGGAUUUCAUCAUCUAAAGGACAUAAUAUCAUUAAAAGAUUCUGAUAAGCCGGAGAAAUCUCUGUACAAAAGGGACGAGGACCAAAACCAAGACUGGACGGUCCUGAUCUUCAGGCCCCUCAGGCAGCACUGCACCAAAACCAGACAGGACCCCUGAGUUGAAAUCACUGCAUGGACUCAAUAUCACCUCCAAAACUCUGAGAAUGCAACAAAAAAUAUGUCAACAGACAAACGCAUUUAACACUGUCACAUGAUCUUUAAACGCCGGAGACUUCUCUAUUUCAGUGAGACAAUGACAAACCACAUUCUGCAGGGAUAACAACAGCAUGGCUCUGUAGUAGAAGAGUCCUGCUGAUGAACUGACCUGCCUGCAGUCCUGACUUGUCCCCAAAUGGAGACAUUUUGUGCAUCAUGGCACCGAAAAUAAGACAAAGGCUGAAGUCCUCCACCAGACUAGACGAAAACAACAUUAAUUCCCAAACAUUUACAGUGUUGUAAGAAGAAGAGGUGAUACCACACAACUGUAAAAAUGUCACUGUCCCAACUCUCUGAAACAUGUUCCUGGCAUCAAAUUUAUAUUUGUGCUGUUUACAAAGAAAUGUAAGUUUUCAGUUUUCAACGUCUGAUCUGUUGUCUAUUCAUAUGUAGUCUUUAAAUGACUUGCAGAUCGUCAUUCUAUUUCCUCUUCUACUCAGCAUCCCAACUUCAAUUGUAGAGGUUAUAGAAAGGUGGUGUAGUUUUUUAGCAUCAAAUCAGGUCAUUUCUGAAGUACAUUUUCUGACUAAUCUUCCCAAAUCAAAGUAAUGUUUAAUGGCCAGUGGUCUUAAAAAACCCCAGAGGCAGUAGCAGAUUUAGGUGAGUGUCAACCUCUGCGUUAUGAACAGCUUUUUCUUUUUUUAAAUGGAGCAAACAUAUCUGAGGUGGGGUUUAAAGUUUGGAGGAGAGAGAGAGAGAUGAAUUAUGGAUUGAAGACUAGAACUCAAUUGUCUUCACGGAUUUAAAUAAUUUACAUGCAGAGCAGAAGGACCUUUGUGAUCCCUCGACAGCUCAAACAGAGAUUUGAAUUAUGAGGUUUAAGAGAUCUUCAUGCAGUUUUGGUCCAAACAGAGAUGCUUCAGAUGUCCUGGCUUCACUCUCUUUUUUAUUUUUUCACAUUCAGUGUAUUUUAUCUUUAAAGAUUCAGAAAGUUGUAAAUUGAGUGUUUUCAUGCACAUGUAAAUGAAAUUCGAGCUCUAUUGUCUGACCAUCAACACUCCUCCACUGUUCUCCAUCUAGAUGGGUCAUCUGGAGGAUCUGUGGGCAGAUCUGCUCUGAAGCCUCCAGGGUCCCGGUCUGCAGCCCCUCGUCCUCCCACGGGCCGUUCCAGCUCGCCAUCCCCUCCAGAGCACCAGCGCUCCCACCGCCCCUCCCUUCCCGACAUCUCCCGCCCCUCCAGCAGCAGCAGCUCCUCCACAGGUGGCGGGAUGAAGCACAGCACCUCAGCCCCGCCUCCUCCGCCACCCUUCAACAGAGGUGGCCGCGGCAAUGCCCCCGCAACCCCGAGCCAGAAGGCACCUCCUUCACACUCCUCUUCUGCCCAUAACCGAGAGAAGCCCCUCCCACCAACUCCAAACAGAGGCCACACCUCUUCAAGCAAUACAAGGCCACCUCCAUCUUCCAGCAGGCCGCCAACAGGUGGUUCCUCGGCCCCUCCACCUCCCCCACCGUACAGACCACACACAUCUGGAGGCGUCUCCAACGGGCCGUCACAUGUGGAUGGGGGCGGAGCCCCGGAACUGCCGCAGCGGCAAAACUCCCUGCACAAAAAACACACAUCAGCAGGAGGCAGCAUGGGACGCAGCCACGCUCCUCCACCUCCUCUCUCAUCGUCUCCAUCCUCUCAGGGCGGCAGACCACCACCUCCUGCCAGAGAGCCACCUGGACGCAGAGCAGGUAAGACCCUGAAAGCUCAGACUGGUUCCUGGUAUCUCGUGUUGACAUCAGCUGAUCGCUAAUCAGCUUCAGGAGUUACAUUCUCUGUAACAUUAAAGUCCCUCAGUGUUCUCUUAAAGGGAUAUUUCAGAGGUUGCAGUUUUUCAGUCGUACGGGUGACACAGAUCAAUAUCCAGUCAGCUCUGCUUGUUAGCUUGGCUAACAGUUCUCUGCAGACGCGGUCAAGUCUAGUUUAGCUCUGCACUCAUCUCAGUUUAAGUCCAGUGGUAAUUUUUUCAGCACUUACUUUUGGUGACGUGUGUGAUCAGGUUGUCUCUUGCAGGUUUUAAAGCCAGGUGGUAAACAUACAUAACCUUUGAGCUCUAAGGAGGUAAAAAUCUAGGACAGUAAAGUGUUGAGAAAUACUCAGAAGUAGUGACACUACAAACAGUAAGGAAACACUGCACGCACCGACAAACGUCUCACUUCUAGGGCUUUGAGGACUUUGGCAAUAAUCUGUUCUCCAAAAUGAUCAGCUGAGCUGCGGAUUCCAACUCUUAAUUAUUCAUCAGUCAUUCUUCCUUCUGUGUCUUUCGACUGCUGUCUGUCUGAGAAGACUUCAUAAUACUCCACCAAAAUCAUCUUAAAGCAAUGAUUCCAGGAUAAAGGACGUUAAAGAAACUCCACUUCAUCAUCUCUGCUGCAGAAAUGUUUACUCAGAGGCCAAAUUCAAGUUUAGACUCGUUUGACUCAUGCAGCCGUAAAUCAACAAACGUUUUUCUCCACGUGAUCACACCUACAGCCGAUGACAGGGGAGUAAAUAUCCCAUUAAUCCGGCUCUUCUGGCUGUAACAUCCGCAGCCACCAGCUUUAUUUCAAAUUCAUCAAAUCACUUUUCAUUUUUGAACAAACUGGAUUCGCAGUUUGGGAGUUUUCCGGUAUUUCAACACGUGGAGCAGAUCGGCUCUGUGUUGGCGUACGUGUUCAGGCUUGAUUGGGCAGAUUCUUUGUGGAUUAUCACUCACAGUUUAGACACCUCUGUGUGUCAAAAGUUUACUGAGUGUUUGUUCGUGGAGAGGGAGGCGUUACAUGAUCAUAUGUGUCAGAAGUGAAGUCCGUUCAUGAUAAGACUUCCUCCUCAGAGCUCAUUGGAAACAUAUUCAUAAUUUGAAUUCAGGGUGAACAUAUGAAACAGGAAGGCACUUGUUAGCCAGAACUCUGUGUUGUGAUUGGACGCCGGAGCGAUUCGCCACUAGGCCUCCUGGUUUCUCUGCAUUCCUGAAGCCCUGUGGAAUAUUCCAGCAUUCCUCCUCACUUUCACUCUCUCUGCGUCUCCCAUACUUUUAUACCAGCGUGUAAACGUCCUCCUUUUCCCUCUUCUUCUUCUUCGUACUUUUCUUUUGUUAUCUGACGAAGGCUUUGUUUGAAGCAAUAUUCACGAUAAAAUCAUAAACGCUGAUCGUGACUUUCUCAAAGACCAAAGGGACACGUUAAGUUUUCCUCUGCUGUUCAGACUCGUCAUUCGUCAAUAAAGACCACACAAGCACAUAAGUCUUCAUUUAAGGAGCUGAAAUGUGCAGUUACUAAAAUAUUCAGCAUAAAAGCUGGACUAUAAAGAGAGUGGCCGGGAAGGACGUUGUUUGUAUGAGGUUUCUUUCAGUGAGUGUUUGAAUAUCAGAUAAUAGAGCAUCCUCAAUGUCUAACUUUUAUUUUUUUAGUCACGUAAGGAGUGAACUAUGUCCUGAAACACGAGUCAAAUAGAGCAGCAGAAAAGCGUCAUUUCUCCUCUUAAGUCCACAAUCAGUCAUUUGAAGUAAAAGCAGGUAAAUAUUCAGCAAAAGAACUUUGUGGAGUGAGUAAAUCUUAAGUUUAAGAAAAUAAAGAACAACUGGAGGAGGACGAGACAAGUCUCGGCAAACUGAUCACAGGAGGUGGGUCCAUCUUCAGAUGAGAGCGAUAAAUAAAUAAGAAAAUGGAAAGACAGUCAUGCAGCUAUUAGAGUGACGACUUUUCUGCUCGGCAACCAUCAUCGCCAUGUUCAGAGCAGGUCCUAAAACCUGUUGCAGGUGUUUGACAUCCAAACUGAGACCAAAGUUUGGAUCGAUAACAUGAGUUCUGUCUCAGGUUGUAUUAAAGUUCAUUGGUUCAGUCAUUCAUGUUAUCCUGAUCAUUUGUGUGUGUGUGUGUGUGUGUGUGUGUGUGUGUGUGUGUGUGUGUGUGUGUGUGUGUGUGUGUGUGUGUGCGUGUGUGCGUGCGCGUGCGUGCGUGUCUUGUCCCCACAGCUCCCCAGGUGCCCCAGCUCGGGUCUCGUAAUGGCGGCCGAGACGCCCCUCCUCCCCCGCCUCCGUACCGCGGUCACAGCUCCGCUUCCUCAGAGCCCCACAGCCGUGUAGGCAAACCCCCUCCACCUCCCUCCUCCGUCUCAUCAACCUCCUCCCGAACCCCGGCUGGACCCCCUCCUCCGCCCCCGCCAAUCAGGAACGGCCACUCCUCCAUCUCCUCCUCUAAGUCCAUCAUGGGUGAGUCAAGCGUCAUCGUGUCCCUCCUCCACCUUGUUCAUGAAUUGACUGGAAUAGGAUAAUCCUGCAGAUGAAGAUCUUCAUUUUUGAUGAAAGUCACAGAUUGAUGUUCGAUGAUGGUUGAGUGUCUUCCUGCAGCCAUGCAAACAAGCUUUUUUAUGGUUUCUGCUCAGUUAGGACAGCUGGGUCGGCUCUUGGAUCUCUUGGAUGACUCUCUGAGGCUUGUGUUUUGCAUUAAGACGGUCAAAACUGUGGUUUCUCCUCUUUUUUUUCUACCGUUUGAAUUUUGACUGCUAAUGUUGGGAGACUGAGUUCUUCUGUAUCAGUAUAAAGGUGCUCUUCAAGCACAGGAACUAGGGUCUGGAUUUAGUUUUUGGGGUAAAAGAUCUACCCCUUGAAAAGUCUUGUAGUAUCUUUAUCUCUACUGAGGCAUGAAAGGAAGACAACAGGAACCCUGUAGUUCCUCGAGAAGUCCCUGGAACUACAAGCCCCAGGUCCUUUGGGUGGAAAAGCACCAUUACAUUCUUUACCUGGACCAGUGGUUCUCAAGUCCAGUCCUCAAGGCCCACUGUCCUGCAUGUUUUGGAUGUUUCCCUGCUCCAACACACCUGAUUCAAAUGAUCAGCUCGUUAUUAAGCCAUUACAGAGCUUGAUAACGAGCUGAUCAUUUGAAUCAGGUGUGUUGGAGCAGGGAAACAUCCAAACAUACAGGACAGGGGGCCUCGAGGACUGGACUUGAGAACCACUGACCUGGACCAUUACUACCACCUACUGUUGACCUACUCUAAUUCUUGAAGCUCACAUUUUCUUGUCUCGUCUCACUGAGUGCUCUCACGUGGAAAGGUUCAUAGAUUCAUAGAUAACCAGGGUUGUAGUUGAGUCCCCAAACUUUGAGUCGAGUCUAAUUUCCCUUUAAUCAAGGAUUUAUUGGAGAAGUGCUGUGCAAAGACCCACAGGACCUUUUGGAUGUGUCAGAGACAACCAUCUACACUGACAUUAGGACUGUGGCUGAUCCUGUUUCAGAUGUUUGAAUAAACAGUGGAUUUACAGCACUCCCCUUUAUAAAUAAAUGCAGGCAGCAUGAGCGGCACACUCAUUGUUCCUGCAGGUUUAUAAUGGACACAAAAAUGCCCACAACUCACUAUGAACCAAAAUUUAAAGACUUAGUUUGAGAAGUUUGCUAACAUUUCAGUAACCUGAGCGUCCCACUUCUUGAUCUGAGUCAACAUCUUAGAUGAGAAACAUCUAAGCUCCUCUUCUUAACUUGUUGUGACUUCACCUCAUCUAAAAAGCAGUUUUUUAACUGGCUGUUUAUUUUCAGAUGAUUUUGAAUCCAGGUUCAGCUUCCACCCCAUGGAGGACUUCCCACCUCCUGAGGAGUACCGGCAUUUCAGCAAGGUUUACCCCAGUAAGAACAACAACAACAAGGGUAUGAGUACUGCUGUCUUAUUCUCGCUGUGCACCCUCUUCUCUUUUAUUAUCCACAAGUACCUGAUACAUGAAAAAAACAUCAGACUGGCCCUUUAAUUGUGAUGCCCUAGGAUAUUUGCAGUGAUGAAACCUCUGCAGUCACUGAGAGGAGACAAUCUCCCAACAGACUGUUUAAUAUUGAGAAAUCUGCCUGUAGUGAGCAGAGAUGUGGAGGGCGGAGGUUUUGAUGGUACAGUUAAAGUCACCAAUCAGUGAUUAUCAUGAUUAUUUUACAUCCAGUCAUUUUAAAACAUAAUUGAUCUUUAAAAUCACGUUAAAAAUAUUCAUCCCUUUGUGAUUUUUUUUUUUUUAUUUAACACUGCUUAACAAAACGUAACGCAAUAACUACAAAACAAAGAAAUUCAAAGGCUCCAUCCUCGUUUGUCAGAGUGAAAAACAGUCUGAAACACACCUUAACCUCAUUCUUUGAAACUUAAACCAAGUUUUAGAUCAACACCCCACAUUUAAAUCUUUUUAAAGGUUUACAUUAAUCCAUAUGAAAGCACCUUUAGUCGGAUUUUCUUUUUUUUUGCUCUUUCCUUUUUCUCCCUUUUGAUCAUUUGUGACCAGAAAUGAAAACAAUCUCCUGUGGCCGGUUUGAUAAUCUGUUUCCUGAUGCAGAGCGCUAAAAAAAAAGCCACUUUGGGCUUUUAUUCUGAAAACUUUGGCACUUCCACUCGUCUUCAAACAACGCUUGACUCUCUGACAAAAAUGAGAAAUGUUAAAGGGAAUAUGUAAAUGAAAAAUGAAGACUUUCUUUUUCCGGUUUGCAUCAGGAAACAGAAAAACAAACUGGUCACCUGACUUUUCAUUUGGAUCUAAACCAUGAGACCUUUUCAAUAUUCAAUCCAAAACGGGAUAAAAAGGGAAAUAAAAAAACAAAACGAUUUUGGUCUAUAUGACUCAGACAGUGAAUCGGUUUUGGUUUCUGGAUCACAAAUAAAAGACGAAUGAUCCAGUAAUACCCUAAACGUUCAGAUUGAAGCCUUUUACAUGAGCGAGUGACCUGUAUUGACCCCCACCCCCCUCUCCUUCCCCCCUUCAGCCAUGAUGAGAGGAGCUCCUCCUGCGCCGCCCAUCGGGAGGUGAACGGACCUCAGCUCAGGACUUUAACUCUCAGUCAGCCGACCAGCGGAUACAUGGUCUGUCUGCAGGUCGGGCUGCAAGGGGGUGACGGAGCACUCAAACACACAACACACGCUCACACAUUAACACUAAACCACCAGCUGGAAUGCAACAUAAACACUACGACACCUUUCAGGUUCGACACUACUCAGCGAUCACCUUCUGUCACUGCACGAGAGGACAAAAGACACAAACAGUCCAUCUCUCUGACUGCGACCAGCUGGACUUCUCCUCUGCUGACUGGACGAAGAAGAAGAACUUUUGACAUAUCAGGACCAAACUUCAAAUCUGUGCAUUCCACCUUUUUUGUUUUUAAUGCAUAUCCAUGAUGAUGGUCAUAACGGUGAUUUUCAUAAUUCUGAGUAACAUCUUUUACUUUGUUUGAUUUUAUUCUCUUUGGUGUCAGCGUUAGCUUGUGGAGGGGAAAUCGGAACGCUUUGGACCGAAACUGUUCUGCAGAAAAGGUUCCCACAAAAAACAAAAAAACAAAAAAAAAAAAACAAAGAUGCCAUGAAUGUGGGACUUGAUGAGGCUUAUGUUUGGAGGGUUUUUGUUAGUUUUUGUCUUAAAUAGCCAUUCCAGCAGUGCCAGGUGAGGGUGCGUUUGAAUCAUGUCUGUUGGUGUGCCAAAAGCGGGUGGAGUCAGUUUGAGCCGCACAGAGUGAGGACAGUCCUGCUCUGUGUCUGUAUAAUUGGCAUGUUUGAAACCCUCUUUGUGAUCAUGCAUUCUGUGACAGAAACCCAGCCUGCUCCAUUAUUUUUACGUUUAACGGGCUCUAUUUCCUGGUUGUUUUUUUCGGCCCUUUCAUUCCUGUCAGCAGGGGUGGUUAUUUCCUAUCUUUCGGCGAUGUUGCACGGCAGCUUGACUGCUAAACCGAGACACUGUGCAUGAUGCUUUUUAAAGCACUUAUGUUAAAAGAAAAGCUUAAAAACUUAAAAUUACAAAGAGGAAUCUUCAGUCUUUUUCCAAAUACACUGUGACCAACAAAAACAGAAGUCCUGCUUGCUCUGUGGACCGAGUGGAAGUGGUUUGCUGCAGGUGUGCAGUGCAGAGGUCUGGGUGUGUUUAAGGGAUGGUUUUGCAACUUUUUGUCCAAGCUCAAUUUCCUUCUGAAUCCAUCAUCUUAUUUUUCUGCUGGGGACCCUUUUAAUUGAAGGACUGUACGGCCAGAACAGCUCUAUCGGUUUGUCGUUUGAAUGCUAUGCAAGAGGCAGUUUGUCCAGAUUGUAGACGGUAGAAAUUAACCAAAAAGAAAAAAAAUAGAAACACUUAAGUGCCAGAGAAGAGUCUACGCAGACGGGGUGUCUUUGCUUUGAAAACACUAACGACAUAUUUAAAGGAAGGUGAACAGAAAGAAAAGCUUGUUCAGGUCUUCAAUCUCUGUGAUGCUGCGCCCCCUGCUGGUCUUUGCCUUACACUAGAAUCUGUUGUCACUCUCAUCGGUACCUUUUUAUUUUAUUUUUCUCUAGGGUGAAAGAUGAUGACGACAAAAUAAAUAAGAAACAAGUUUAUUUGAAAAUGCAAUAAAUAUUGUAUAUUUACAUUAAGGAAUAAGGUAAUCAUAGUUAAUGAUCUAUUUUUAUGUUGUAAAAAGCUUGUAAUAUAGGAAAGAGAGAUGAUUAUAACAAUGUUCCAGGUGGUGACUGUGGUCUGAGGGAGCAGACUCUCUGCAGCACUUCUCUGGAUGUUUGGCCAUAACGGGUGAGUGAGCUGAAUGGAUGCGAGUGCUGGUUUUUUUGCCAACGAGACACAUUUUGGGGAUCCUGUCUGUAAAAAUAAUCAGUUUAUCAGGUCUGGGUCACAAAAGCAACAAAUAUUCAUCAGUGGUUGUUUCCUUGCUCACAUUGACACACAGGUGACCUGGCAGGUUUUUGUCCCCUUUAGUUGUCACUCAGUCCACUCUGAAAAGCAAAAACUCUGUGUGGUCAUUUCAUGUUAAUCAACCAUGUUUUUAUCUUUUGAAAUAAUUUCAAAUAAAUAUGGGGAAAAGGGUACAGAAGCAAAGCUUUUUUUGUCUUUUCUUUAUUCAUGUCACACAACCUGAUCUUGUUUGAAAUGUCGAUUAAAACAGAUGGGUUUGAUGUGUUGCAGAUCAGUCAAAGCUUACAUUUACUUGAAAAUAUUGCAGACAACAUUUAAAAUGUAACUAGUGAAAAAUCUCAUCAAUUAAUAAAAUGUAUACGAAUCAUAAAUUUGAUGCCAGCAACACAUUUAAAAAAAAGUGAUAAAGGAAAAAACAAACAUGCAAAGUUGUGUAAUGCUAACAUCUCCAACAAACAACAUCGCCUAACACUCCUGAGAGGCUGAGGAAGAGCUACACCGCUCUGUGAGAGACUGCGUAAGCUAACGGUUCAACAGUUUCAGAAUAUUGUUCCCGAGUGUGAAAAACUGAGUGGAUCCAUCAUCUUCAUGUAGGUGAAAAUUGCAGGAAAAUUUGUAUUUUUUGUGAUUUAAAGAGCUCUAGUGACUUCCAUGUUGGUCUAAGAUGAACACAUACAGACUUAAAUGAAAGCCACAAGGGUCCCCUUCAAAAUGAUACUAAACAGUCUAUUGUAAACCUUUGAGAAAUGUCCCUGCCGUAAAAAAAAACGAAUUUAUCUUAAGGGGUGGUUAACUUCAUGAGCUGAUAACCAAUAUUUAGCUAGGCACCUGGAAAUGUUAUCAUACAAAACUAUAAUCUACAGACGUGUCUUUUCAAAAAUCAUGAUGAACCUUUGCCACCCUGAGGUGUACCAAAUAUCCGUCAGGCCCAUGGACUACAGGUGCACUUGUUGCACAGUUUUCUUCUCCAAGAUUUUGCUACUUUAGUUUCAUCAUUCAUAUAAUUGUAUUGUAAUUAUUCUGUGUAGUCUGUGUUUAUUUUUCAAAUUUGGUUUCUAUGGAUACGUUAGAAUGUAGACUUGCCACAUCAUGAGGGGAAUGCCGUUCCAUUGAUGAUGACAUCACAAGGCUACAUUAAAAUGUAUCCACGUGGCCAAAAUUAAGACGGGACUGACCCCCCCCCCCCCCCCCCUCAUUUUAUUUAUUUAUUCAUCUAUUCAUUCAUUUAUUUUUUUACAUAACGUGUACCCCACAUUUUACCCCAUAUCUGUCUAUAUAUUACCCAUAUAAAAUAUACAUUUAAAUUAUAAAUAUAAAUUUUACCCAUACCCUAUAUUUAACCCCCCCCCCCCCCCCCCAAAAAAAAAAAAAAAGUUCAUAAAAAUUUAUAUUUUAAAUGUUAACCUUUUUUGAGAAAACAAUCUGAUUUUUAUUUAAGAAAGUUAAAAACUUACUGUUAAGUUUCCUUCUUGUUUACGGCUAAGUUUCCUUUUACUGGAAAAAAAUCAGAAUUCUAUUUAAUAUUUUUAUAAAAAACUAUUAAAUAUCUAAAAAGCUAAAAGCUAUAAUUCAUUGAAGCCACUCAAACAUGAGUGGCUACCUGGACGGCUGGAUGGAAGUCCACUAUGCCCGAAGGGGCCAGCGCUUCCGCCAGCCCUUCUGGGACCGGAGGAGCGUGUCUGGUUUGGGGUAGGCCUGCGCCUACCCUGCUCCCUAUGGGAAACGGGAGACAUUCCCCUCACCCAAAGCUCCGUGUUUUAGUUGAGGACAUCAAUUAUUUAUUCAAACGCUGUUUCAGGGACUUAAACCAGAGUUGCCCGGAGCAAAAAUGUUUCUUAAAACAGAGCUUGUUGGAGACAUUCCCCUUACUUGACCAGCCAGUGCCUCCUCCAAGAACGGUGUGUUACUACGGUCCCCAAUCUGCAUCGUAUGCAUCGGUGGUGGUCCGCCAAUACAAAUCAAGACCCUCGAUUUACUACCCCACCGGUUCUGCAGAUUUUGGACAGCAUUAGGAGACAGCCAGCUGACCCGCAGUUUGGGCGACUGGUCAGGACCAUGCACAAUCUUAUUAAAAUGGUGCACCACUAUCAAAAUGUUGCUCCUAAAGCCGGGAAGAAAGAACCUAAAAUCAUCUCCUGGAUGGUUGAUGUUUUGCCCACAAUGAUCAAGCCCGCAGUUCUGACCCAACACACUAUGGAGUUUAUUAAGGGCAAUGCGGAGAGCUGGGGCUACAACACGGUGUAGCGAUUUGAAGUUAUAAUAAAUGUCUGAAGAUUAAUAUUUGAUAAUAAUCUUCAUUCAUGACAUUUAUGAACUAGUUGAAGGGGCACCACCCACCUUUAUUAAUCCCUGUACAAUAACCACAAAGUCUACAGUGUUUGAUAUAACUUUGCUCUCCCUUUUUAUACCUAAUGAAUAUUUUCGAUCUCUUUGUUAUUUUGGUUUGUGCUUUUCAUGGCUAUCAGUGUUAAUUAUUUAUCAAACACAUAGGUGGUGUUGUGUGUUGGAAGGGCAGUGCUUGGGUGACGGUACAGUAUGUUGGGAGGGGGGCAGGGAGUGUGUGUGUGUGUGUGUGUGUGUGUGGGGGGGGGGUUAUCUUUUUUUCUUUCUUGCUUGCCCCAUUAAAGUACUCCUACUAAUUCUACUACUGCCACUGCUACUACUACUAAUUCUACCAUUUCUCCAUUUUUUUCUACUGCAACUAACUAACCCUAUGCUUUCAACGACUACCACUGCUGAUUAUAAUCCAAACUCUGCUACGAACGUGCAAACCAACCUACCACCUUAUACAACCUGCAUAGCGACGCGUUUUUGUCGUGCUUUUAAUUUGAAAAACGACACGCAAAAUGAACCAGUCAUAUUACCUGUGUAAUGCGAGGCCUUGUUUGUUACUGGUCACGUAGUUUUCAGCAAACCAAUGCAAGCUUCAAAGCGGGACUUCAUCAGACAAGCCCCCUUCAUAACCGGUACACGCCUCAAAGCCUCGGCUUGAAACGUCCCAUCACUAACACACACGCACAAUUUUAGAAAAAUAAGAUUGAAUUUCGUAAAUAACUUGUCUAAAAACUCUGUUAGUGAUGGGCAUGGCAGUUCUUUUAGAUGUACUGAAUCACUAGAAUCAGUUCACUAGAAAGAUUAUAUCAAAAGAUUCAUUCACCAAAUCACCAAAUCAUUCAGCCUGCGACUCCAACCUCCUGAACUGAUACACAGCUGAACGGUUCAGGAUCGGGCCGGUUCUACACUGGGGCAAGAGGGUGCAACAGUCACUUAAACAAAUGGCCUGCCCCUUCAAAUCAAAUUUUUAAUGGUGGAUCCGCCGAAAAAGCACAAGUUAAUUAUCAGCCUCCACUCAUCUCUCAUCCCUUCAUCUCCAUGCAGCGUGUGUCUUCACCAUAGACUGUAUAUACGAUGGACAACUUGGUUCCGCCUUGGUUCCUGUAUACGGAUUUGAAGCUAAAAAGCUCUCUAUAUUUCCGGGAUUUUUCUUCAUAGCAUUGUGUGCAUUCAGUGGGAGAGUCUCCGAGAGUCACUGUGAUGACACUCGGCUCAAACAGCGUAUCCCCGGGUGAGCUACGCAAUCCCUGAAUGCCAUUAGGCUGUAUCGGGUGUCAAUCAAAGAAAACUUGAACCCCCUAAUAACUUUUAAAAACGGAGCUUCACAGAAAAAAAGAAGACGAGCACAAACCAGUCUUACAAUAACUACAUGUCAACAUCACAACCAGGGGGGAGAAAGAUUUAUAUUCUGUGUAAUACAUUUCUAAAGUUUGUCCCACAGCUCCAUAGGGAUUGCUGGAGGAGGCAAGAUUCAUGACCCAUACUGCAGCCCAUCAACAGAGGGUGCUGUUCUCGCGGUGGCUUCACCCAGCGAUGAGGCAGACGCUGUCCAUUCUAUAUACAGUCUAUGGUCUUCACACACCCUGCAGUCAGAGAUUGCCUGCCCCGUCCCUCCCUUCCCAUUCGUAAACAUCCAAUCACUGUUUAGUAUGCAAAUGAGCCAAGAUGCACUGACGCAGCCUGAGACUGUAGUGUCAGGUUUUAAGACAGAGUGGGAGACUUUGACGAAGCAGCAAAACUCCACCAAACUCGUCGUUGCGACCCGUGAGAUAACUCAUAAUUAGCAACAACUAAAACAAAAGUUAAUGUAACAUCCAUACAUAUUUGUGCAGUCAACUGAGAAAUAGUCUACUGUUUUUUAUCCAGCAGGAGCAUUUCUCAAGUCACAAGCACAGAGUAGAAUAGUGGAAUUGCAGAAUGAAGAGAAAGAAGAGUGGAAUGGAGAGAAAAGAUGGUAAGGUGGAGAGAAAGUAGGAGAUUUUAGUUAUUAAGUUGCUAAUAAAUAAAUAAAUCAUUUAAAAAAAAAACAAAAGAGAAGAAAAAAAAAAGAAAAAUGUUACGUGUGUUAUAGCCUGUAUCUGCUCUGAAUCUGUUGUGUUUGACAAAUUAGUUUUACAACUUUGAGAAAAUGCUUGGUGUUGGUGUAUAGUGGAGUGUAGAGAUUGGCGAGAGAGAGAAUAGUGAGGUGGAGAGAGGGGAUAUUUUGAGUUAUUAGCUUAUAAAGAAAAAAGUUAUAAAAUGUUCUGCCCUUUAUCUGUUAUGUUUUACAAAUUAGUUUGAGAACUUGUGAUGCUUGGUGAUUUCUUUUCAUAUGACUACUGUUCAGUUUUGUAAAUAUUGAUUAUAGUGACAAGUCUUUCCUUUAGGUUGAAAUGUAGGAGAGACCGGGCUUGUUGUCACACUUUUUACACUCUUGUAUAUUUCUUGCAAUCAAUACAUCAUAUAUAAACAAAAUGUGUACCAGAUAAAAGACCAAAGUCUCAGGUAUAUAUUUCGUAUUCAUGUCAUUUUCAUAUCUUGUGUGAGUGCAGAGUUAUAAGCAAUCAAAUAGAGAGUGUGAACAUGUGACAUGAUGCCCCACCAUCGGGGAAGUUGUCUCACUACAUGGGGUAAGAUGUCACAGUGGAUUUUGCGGCUUAUAAAACAAGGACAAAAUUACUGUUGUUCUCAUUUUUUUACAUGAAAGUAAACAUCAAAGUCAGGCACAGAAAAUGUUUAUCAUUGAGAAAGAAAAAAUCAUUUAACAAACGUUAUAAGAUAUUAUCAACAUGCUCUAGAGUUUGAAGAGCUGUCUGACUUUGUAUCUUGGCUGAGGUGAAUGUUUUGCAGUACCGAGCCAUGGUGUGGUAGUUGACAUUAAAGUCCUUUAUUGUACUCCAGAUUGAUUUAUUAGCUAGGGUCACCUGUCUGACUGUUGUCAGCAUCACGUUAGGCACUGCACUGCCUUGCUCUGUUUUUCUUUUGUAAUUCCUGACCAUGGUUUCUCGCUUUCUCCUCUCCUUUAAACCACUCUUUUCUGUUAAAGUCAAAAUUUCUGUAUGACAACUGCUGAUAAGCAGACUCUCUAUGUUAAUUUUAAUCCCUUUUAAACAUGUGACAACUAACCCCAAAAUGACUGCGACAUGUUGCCCUAAACUACCGUGUUUGCUAAUUAAAGCUCUAUCUUAAACUUAUCUUGAAACAGAACAAUGACUGAGGUAUGACAGGAUGUCUUAAUCUCGCUUCUAACAAGUCCACAUGUUUCACUGCUAGGAUUUUUAUCUGGAAGAAGCUUAUAUUAAAAUAAAUAAAGUUAAUUUUUUUUCCUUUGGGUUGGUGCUCAUCUCAGCUCACAAUUCACUCCUCUCUUCUCAGACAGGACACGACCCCUGACCAUGUAAAGGAAGAAAACUAGUGUUCCGCUUUUUAGUUAUGCCCUCUGGUGGCAAAGAUAAUUGCACUGUGACAACUUACCUGUGUGACAACAAGCCCCGGUCUCCCCUAUUUAAGAAUUAGGCCAUCCAGUUAAGAUAAAUGUUAUGUUGUUGGUUGUUAAAAUCUGGAUGAAAGAUAUUUUUUUUCUACUUUUCAUUUUUAUUUUUCGAUUUCCCCCCUGAGGGAUUGCCACCUUAUUGUGGUCAGGGGGUUUGUGUGCCUCAGCGACCCUAAGCGACCUGCAGGAGCUAUAGUCUUCAGGUGGGACACCCAAGUUCGACAGGUCUUAAGGUAGAGGCCUGACAGAGUGCAAUCCACUUCUCCAAGUUGAGAGCUGGACACACAGCUAACAACCCAUGCCUUGAAGAAAACACCAACAGUGUUAAAAAUGUGUAAAAAAAAAAAAAAAAAAGAAAAGAAAAAAAACAAAACCCUAACAUUUCUGACUGCACCCUCAUAUGUGCAUUCCUAGAACUAGCCCUGUUCAGGAUUCAGUUCAAUUCAUAGCUUCUAGGCUGGGAGAUGAGAGUGUUGUGGCUGUGUUGCUUUGACAAACAGGUUUGUAAAAAUGAAAUUGUUUAUAAAUCAUGAGGUUUUAAGUGUACUGUCCAAUGGUAUGCUAUUUAUCAGGUUUGCUCAGUAAAUUGGGCUCAGUGAGUGUGUGUUCACGAAAAUGAUUAAAAGAAUUCACACUGAACAUGCACCGUUCCCUUGCAAACCGCUGCAAUGAUUGGAUACUGCAGGUUUUAUGCACUACUUGUUACAUGCUGUGUCCUAUUGUAUGCAAGUUGUUCUGGUGGCAAAAAAAGUUAGUUUUGUCAGACAAAAAUGAUUACAGAGUGUAGUUCACUGCGUGAUUCGUUCACCAAGUGAUUCAGGCGUCAGUGCAUGCGGUCCCUCGUUCGCCGGCUGCUCACUUGACAAUGCUGCGUGCUAUAGCAGCUGCACUGCUGACAACUCAACUGAAGUGAGAAAUGAACGAAUCACUUGAGGAAGUGAUUCGGUUCAGUACGUUCACUUGAAAGAUCUGGUUCUUUUGAAUGAGUCAUUCACAAACGACACAACACUAGCUGCUGUGACAGAAUUACCUGGCUCUGUAUUUUUCUCUGUAUUACACUCCCCACAUACCCACGUAUGCAUGGACUUUCAUGUUGGUUUAAAUAUAUCUUGUGUUUUUUUCUUAAAGCAAGCUCCCAGAAUUGGUUGAUCUUUACUUUAUAUCAAAUAAAUGAGCCCUAACUCCACAGUAUGUUUUUUAUGUUAUUUCAAUUCAUUUUUUUCAUUAUAGUUGGCCUACUAUUUAAUUUUUUUAUUUUUACAUGGUCAUGCUAUGAGGGUAUUAAAGGACAUGGUUUGUGAAGGGUUAAGGCUAAGUUAUGCCGACUAGCUGCACUUCAAUAUUGAGGAUCAGCAUCCUCCACAUUUAGUUUAAAUAAGAGAAGGGGUACGCAUUUCAGUUGGGGGAAUGCUAAUGUAUCGCCCUCAUUUCUCACAGUUAAGCCACCCUCUCAUCCCUCCACACCACAAAAUACACUUAAAUCCACCUCCCUCAACCCUGAUUCAUCCUUUUUUACCAUGACCCCAAUUCAUUCCUGUCUACCUUGACCCUUGGCUACUUUCAUAAAAUCAGACAGACCUAAAAAAAAGAAAAAUGUAAUCAUACCAUUUUAGUAUAAAAAAAAAAUGUUUUAAUCAAUGCUGAGUGUCAAGAUCUAAACAUCUACAGCCUGGUAACAAGCAGGGGGGAUGUGUGGUGAAGAGGUAGUGAUUUCAAUGCAGAACUUAUAAUGGAAUGAACUGUUUUAUUGUUAGUUUGACCCCAAAAACUAUCUUACUUGGUAUUUGAUAUUUAUUUUCUGACUUACAGCAGCACCGCUCAAUAAAAAAAAAAGACACUAUAUUAAUUUUAGCAAGUCUGAAGUUUUUGACACUAAUAUUUUAAAAUAACUACAAUUGAAUAGUCAAUGUCAAACAGAAAAUUAUGCAUUCUUUUUUAAUUAUUUGUUGUUUUAUUUGUUUAUCUAUUUAUUGGUUAAUAUAUUUAUACAGAUGCCUGUUCUGUCAAGGUUUGUUGUCUAAAAUGUGUUGCCUAGCAACCAUAGAUCAAAGAACAUGAACAGUCAUGUUCUGUCAAGAUUUGUUGUCUAAAAUGUGUUGCCUAGCAACCAUAGAUCAAAGAACAUGACAUCAUGACAAGAACAUGAAAGUGUGCUUUGAUCUUUGAGUCGUGUUCAUGUUCCUAUUCAUGUCAUGACAGUUAGAAUAACUUCUAUUUAAAACCACCGACAUUAAGCCACAUCUUAAACAUUUCUACGGAGAUUUUUACAAGUCACCUCAGAAAAAGAAAGAUGAACUCAGCGACUCCCAGAAGAAGUCUUCGCCUGAUAGAAGCAGGCUAUUACACAGAAAACGGAACUCCACAAUGUUCCUACAGAGAAAGGAUAUUUCAGUAAUUUUCAGUGUUCUAUGCAAAUGUUUUGUACCAAGAUUAAUGCCUUAUAUUCCUAAAAUACAACACAUACAUUGUCACCAAACGUUUUUAACCUUUUCUGUCUUUCUAUCUUUUAGUGUCUUCAAAAGGCGGAUACAUGGUCAUGAAAAAGACUCAGGUAGCUCUGGAAGCAGCUAUAAUAUGAAUCAGAUUGUGGGUAACCUGCAGUCUGAGUCCUCACCUGUCUUAGUACAAGACAACGGGACCCAGACUGAGAGUUACACCGAAACUUACAGACGGAGAGUAGCGACCAGAGAUACUGACACCCGACAGACCAAAAGGACCAAGGCCAAAGAAGGUAAUUACUGCCUCUGAGCAAAAACUAAAUCAGAUUAUUAUACGAGGAAUAUUAGUUUCUAGUCAUUUUUGUCUUUGUGAUAAAGCUCUAAACAUUUGGUUUGUUUUUGUCUGCAGGAAACAAGUCAUGGAGUCCUCUUUGGAUGCGGAUCAUUUUUUUCUGUCUUUUCAACCUGUUUAGUUAUGGUAAGUGACCUCAAGCUCCAAGAUACAAUUAUAACAUUGACAGCUGGCAUUAUUAUUUUUUUUAAUUUUUAAGUCUGUGAUUUGUGAAGUGUAAGAUUUUUAACAUGUGUGCUUUGUGUCCUACAGUAACCACCAAAAUAUACAUCGACCAGACAAUCGAGCAAGGCAUAAACAGAUAUCUGGUUGACACCAUGCCAAACUUUGCUCUGGAGUCACAAGGUAUGCCAUCAUGAGCCCCCCCAUUCAUUUUUGACACUAUACAAAAAUCAUAAUUUUGCUUUGAUCUAAUGCUGAGGGUCAAGCUUAAAAUUAUUAAUAGGUCUCAACUCUUUGCAAUGCCUUGGAAAUUGUUUGGAACUUGACCUCUAACUUUUCUUUCUUUUUGUUCUCUUAGGUGCUAGAGUGUUAGAAGACUUAUCUUCAGACACCUAUAUGGGCAAGGAAAACCCUAGCCAGAUAUGUAAAAAGAAACUCUACUGGUGGUGUUCAAAUAAAAAAUAUAGGACAGUCAUACAGGUAAGCAACACACAGCCAUGACAAUAUUUUGUUUAAAUAUACAUUUCAAAUAACAUUGUUAACAGUCAAAGUUGUGGAACUUUUCAGACUUAAAUAUUUAUCUUUCUUUUCUUUCUAUCUUUCCAUCAGGCCAAACCAUUUCUGAAUCCAGGUGAGUGCUGGCCUUUUGCAGGAGACCAAGGACACUUAGUGAUUUCAUUGUCUCACGCAGUCCACAUCAGUCAUGUGACUCUUAGCCACAUGGCAAAAAGCCAGUGCCCACAUGGAACCAUAUCUAGUGCUCCAAGACGAUUCUCAGUAUACGUAAGUCAGAUAUAUUCCUGUCAUUAUCCCACUUAUACUGAAUACAUACCUCAUUUACAUGUUGAUAUCCACACAAUGUACAACAAUAUACUGAAGUGAUCUCUUUUCUUUUUCCUUUGUAGGGAAUGACAACACCAAAUGAAGAAGGUGUCUUCCUAGGAAAACAUGUUUAUGAUUCAAAUGGUGCAGUACAUCAAAGUUUUCCUAUACAGAACCCAGACGAAGGUGUCUACAAAUUUGUGAAGCUGAAGAUAGAGAGUAACUGGGGGAACACUGACUACACCUGCCUCUAUGGCUUCAAGGUGCAUGGUAAACUUCACCUGUGA